AUGGAAGGCGCGGAGGCGCUGUUCCCCGGCGACGGAGGCGGUGGUGACCCCAUGGACUUCUCGUGGACAGCUGACGGGGAGAAGCACCCGGACCCGGCGGCUUGGGUCAGCCCCGGCCGCGACGACGAGGCUACCUCGGCUCCGGCCCCGGCCCCGCCCCCUUCGCCGCGGGAGGUGGCGGAGUCCAUGAUCCUCGUGCCCGGGCCGCGCGUCGUCAUGUCCGGCCUCAGGCUGGCUGAUUGCCGUUCAGAUGACUGUGUUCUCUUCAUUAAUGCUGGUGGUGGUGCAAUCGAAGGCUGUGAUCCCCGUGUGAAGGUUUCUGGUGAUUCAUUCUUUGAAGGAGGGGAUGUGAUAGAGACAAAUGAGAGUAUAGUUGAAGGUGGUGAUUGUCCAUUUAUUUAUCACUCAGCACGAUAUGGCAGUUUCAGCUACAAGUUCAGUGGUCUUGCCCCUGGAGCCUAUUUUCUAGAUCUGCAUUUUGCUGAGAUUCUCUACACAUGUGGGCCAAAAGGAAUUAGCAUGUUUGAUGUCCUUGUGCAAGACGAAAAGGUAUUGUCUCAACUCGAUGUGUAUGCUGUAGUUGGAGGAAACAGGGCCCUUCAAGUGCGUGAUAUUAGGGUUACUGUUGAGAUGAAUGGUGCUGUUAUGAUCAAUUUCAAAGGAGUAAGAGGAAGUCCCAUGGUUUGUGGGAUCUGUAUUCGCAAAGCACCACUUUUAUCAGCAAACUCAGUUACAGAUGGCAAUGUCUUGUGCAAAAGAUGUUCAUCUGAUAUUGAUGUCUUAACUACCCAGACUAGGACAAGUAAACUGAUCUCAAAGUAUGAGAAGCAGAUUGAGGAGCUCACCAGCCAAUGCACUAUGAAGUCCAAUGAGUGUUCUAUGGCAUGGUCUUCUGUAGACACUACCAAUGUGGAGCUUGGCAGACUUAAAAUAGAGCUUCACCAAAAGGGUGCUGAAAUGGAGAAUCUUGUGCAAACUCUUGGUAGAGAGAGUGACCGACUAAGAAAUGUUUCCCAUAAAUUUGAAAAUGACAAGAAAUUGUGGGCUGCUGCUAUAUCUAAUUUGGAAAAGAAAAUCAAGGCCAUGAAACAAGAGCAGGCAUUGUUGUCACUUGAAGCACAUGAUUGUGCGAAUGCAAUUCCUGAUUUGAGCAAGAUGAUCGGAGCAGUUCAGGCCCUAGUUGCACAGUGUGAAGAUUUAAAAUUGAAGUACUAUGAAGAGAUGGACAAGAGGAAGAAACUUCACAACAUUGUUCAGGAGACAAAAGGAAACAUUAGGGUUUUCUGUCGAUGCCGGCCCUUAAGCAAAGAUGAGGUGUCAUUAGGCCAGAAAUGUGUAGUGGAUUUCGAUGGAUCCAGUGAUGGUGACAUUGUAAUUGCAAAUGGCGGAACAACUAAAAAGUCCUUUAAGUUCGAUAGAGUCUUCACGCCAAAUGAUGAUCAAGAUAUAGUGUACGCCGAUGCAUCUCCACUGGUCACAUCUGUCUUAGAUGGCUAUAAUGUAUGCAUCUUUGCCUAUGGGCAGACAGGAACAGGAAAGACGUUUACCAUGGAAGGAACUGAGAGUAAUAGGGGUGUUAACUAUAGAACUCUGGAAGAACUGUUCAAUAUUGCAGAGGAGAGGAAAGAAAGUGUCACAUAUGACUUAUCUGUUAGUGUUCUUGAGGUCUACAACGAACAGAUCAGAGACCUUCUUGCCACGUCUCCAUCUAAAAAGCUGGAGAUCAAGCCGAACAGUGAAGGACAAAAUCAUGUCCCUGGGUUAGUGGAGGCCAAAAUUGAGAACAUAAAUGAGGUUUGGAAAGUUUUGCAAACUGGAAGCAAUGCAAGGGCUGUUGGUUCAAACAAUGUUAAUGAGCACAGCAGUCGCUCCCACUGCAUGCUAUGCAUCAUGGUGAGAGCUAAGAACCUGCUUACUGGAGAGUGUACAAGUAGUAAGCUUUGGCUUGUAGAUUUGGCUGGAAGUGAGCGUUUAGCCAAGACUGACGUGCAAGGCGAACGACUUAAGGAAGCACAAAAUAUUAACAGAUCACUUUCUGCAUUGGGUGAUGUCAUUUCAUCUCUUGCUACAAAAAGCAGCCAUAUACCCUACAGAAAUUCCAAAUUGACACACUUGCUGCAAGAUUCUCUAGGAGGAGACUCAAAAGCAUUAAUGUUUGUGCAAAUUAGCCCAUCCGACAAUGAUGUUUCAGAAACCUUGAGUUCAUUAAACUUUGCCAGCCGUGUUCGGCGUAUUGAAUUGGGACCAGCAAAGAAGCAGGUUGAUACUGUUGAACUUCAAAAGACCAAACAGAUGCUUGAAAGAGCUAAGCAAGAACUCAGACUUAAGGAUGAUUCUUUGAGAAAGCUAGAGGAAAACUUACAUAAUUUGGAGACCAAAGCCAAAGGGAAAGAGCAACUUUGCAAAAACUUGCAAGAAAAGGUAAAAGAGCUUGAGGGCCAGUUAGAUUCGAAGGCACAUUCUCAAAUUACAUCAGAGAAACAGCAGCGUCAGCUUUCUGGAAAACUAAAAGAGAAAGAAGAAAUGUGUACUGCACUUCAGCAGAAGAUUGUGGACUUAGAAUGCAAGCUUAGACAGCCACACCAAUCAGAAUCUGAGGUUGCACUUCUCAAGAAAACGAUCAAAGAGUUGGAGGUCAAGUUGAAGGAACAAGAACAUGACCGAUCAGUUGUGGAAUUAAGUAUCAAAGAGCUGGAGCUCAGGCUGAAGGAACAAGAACACCAACGAUCUGUUGCAGAACUAAAGAUCAAGGAGCUGGAGCUCAAGUUGAAGGAACAAGAACACCAGCGAUCAGUCGCGGAACUAAAGGCAAGAGAAAUAGGACAUGAGCUGUUGGAAACACAGAGAACCGAGUCAAUGCUUCAGAUUAAGCUAAGAGAUCUUGAAAGCAAGACGAAAGAGCAGGACACGAACAUGAUGACCGUGGAGUCCACCGUCGUCUCGACUCCUGUAAACGCGAAGGUGCCGCCGCCGCCGUUUCCCAGGGACGAAGCGAUGAGCGAGAAGGAGAACCGCAUCCUGAGGAGCUCAGACGCUCUAAACAAGCAGCAGCCUCACGCUGAGAACCCUUCACUUCCUCCUGAGGCUCCUGAAGCGGGCAACGAGAAGAAGAGGAAAGGGGGCGCGAGGAACGCGUCCAUCGGCGGCGGUGAGCAAGAGAACAACGGCGUCAUCCCAGGCGGUCAGAACACUGGAAGGAAGAGGAGCCUGCCGGCCGAGCGUGAGGCGAGGCUCAAGAGGAAGUCGACGGAACCUCCUCCUCAGGUGAAGAAUCUGGUGAGGUCGACGGCGUCGUCGAGGGCGGCUGCCGCUGCCGCUGCCGCUGCUACGCACAAGGUGGCUCCGAGCUCCAGAGUCACCAAGCAGCAACCAGGCGGGAACAAGACCAGAGGGUGGGUUAGGUAG